AUGGAGCAGCGCCUCGCCCUCCUGCUGGCCCUCUCCCUGGGGCUCCUCCAGCCAGGGCACGGUCAGCCCCUGCAGGUGGAGCCCCCGGAGCCCGUGGUGGCCGUGGCCGUGGGCGCGUCGCUGCAGUUCACCUGCAGCCUGGCCUGCGCGGGCGGGGCGGCCAGAGUGCGGUGGCGCGGCCUGGACAUCGGCCUGGGCGCGGUGCUGUCGGAGGCAGGCAGCAGCGUGCUCUCCGUGCACAACGCCUCGCUGUCGGCAGCCGGCACGCGCGUGUGCGAGGGCUCUUGCGGGAACCGUCGCUUCCAGCGCACCGUGCGACUCCUGGUGUACGCCUUCCCAGACCAGCUGGCUGUAUCCCCAGCGACUCUGGUGCCUGGAAGGAACCAGGAGGUGGCCUGCACUGCCCACAGCGUCUCCCCAGCUGGCCCUGACACACUGUCCUUCUCCCUGCUCCUGGGAAACAGAGAGUUGGAGGGUGUCCAGGCCCUAGGUAGAGAGGAGGAGGAGGAGGACCCCCAGGAGACAGAGGACCUGCUGUUCCGCGUGACAGAGCGCUGGCUGCUGCCUCCCCUGGGGACUCCCGCCCCAGCCACCCUCCACUGCCAGGCCACCAUGCGGCUCCCUGGCUUGGAGCUGAGCCACCGCCGGGCCCUUCCAGUCCUGCACAGCCAGACCUCCUUGGAGCGCCCAGACCCAACCUCAUCAGAGCCCCCCACCACCACCUCCCCACAGGCCACCCCCCAGCAGGGCUCCACCGGCACCCCCAGGAUUAACAGCUCCACUAGGACUUGCCGCCCAGAGAUCCACUGGUCUCUGGAGCCUGCACUGGAUGGAGAGGUCAGCUGGGAGCUGCUGUGUGAGGCGGCCUGUGGCCCUGGCAUGACCGUGCACUGGACCCUGGCUCCUGGGGGCCUGGCAGCCUACAAGAGGAGGGAGGCAGGGGCUCAGGCAUGGCUGAGCCUGCCUCCAGACGGCUCCAGAACCGAGGGCUUCUUCCAGUGUCGCCUGGACCCCGGUGGCCAAGUGGUCAGCCUCUAUGUGCCCAUCCAGAAGGUGAUCCCCAAAACCUCUCCGCCCGCCGCCCUGUGGACUGGCAGCCUGGUGCUGGGGCUGCUGCUGAUGCCGCCCCUCGCCUACCGCCUGUGGAGACGCUGUCGACCCCUGCCCGCCACCACCGCCCGCCAGCCCGUCUCUCUGCGGCUCCUGCCGGUGCGCCACUAA